AUGUUCCCCAGAUGGAAACCAGAGUCUUUGUUCUUCCUGGCACAGGCAGGACACAAUGACCUGAGGAAGAAAAUGUCCAACCGAAGCGCCGAGUUCCUUCUCCAGGGCUUCUCGGACGUGCGGGAGCUGCAGAUGUUGCACGUUGUCCUCUUCCUGGUGCUCUACUUGGCGGCCUCCAUUGGGAACCUUCUCAUCGUUACUGCCAUAAUCCUCGACCGCCACCUUCACACCCCCAUGUACUUCUUCCUCGUGAACCUCUCCCUCCUGGAUCUCGGCUCUGUCUCUAUCACCAUCCCCAAGUCCAUGGCCAACUCCCUCCAGGACACCAGGUCCAUUUCCUACGUGGGAUGCGUCGCCCAAGUCUUUCUCUUCGUCUUCUUCGCCGCGACCAACAUCGCCGUGCUCACCAUCAUGGCCUACGACCGGUACGUGGCCAUCUGCCAGCCGCUGCACUACGAGCAAGUGAUGAACUGGAGAGCAUGUGUCCACUUGGCCACCGGCGCAUGGUUGGCCGGGGCAGUCAACUCUGCCGUGCAAACUGGGAGCGCCUUCCGGUUACCCUUCUGCCAGCCCCAUGUCGUGGACCAGUUCUUCUGUGAAAUCCCCCCUCUGCUCAAACUCAUGUGUGCCCACGUGUACCGCAGUGAAAUUGGCAUUCUGGUCUUUAGUGCGUGUUUGCUCUUGAGCUGCUUUACUUUCAUCAUUGUGUCGUACGCGCACAUCUUCUCCGCGGUGCUGCGAAUCCCUCCCGGGCAGGGCCGGCACAAGGCCUUCUCCACUUGCGUGCCUCACCUCAUCGUCAUCUCCUUGUUCUUCGGCACGGGCACCUUUGCCUACCUGAAACCCACUACUGGCUCGGCCCCAGGACUGGAGAUGGCGUUGGCCGUUCUCUAUUCUGUCAUGACACCCAUGCUGAACCCGGUCAUCUACAGCAUGAGGAACAAGGACAUCAAAGCCGCCCUGCAGAAGCUGGUGGUAUGGACAUUGUUCACCAAGAAGAACAUGUCUGUCCUUCUCCCAUGA